AUGGCGGAACCUAUUUCGGAUCACAACCUUAAGGCCACGGAUUCUGAGGCGUCGAUCCAUCUUGAGGACGUGUGUCCAAGCCCACCGAUUCCACUGUCAGAGGAUGGCCAUCCAUCCAAUCACUCCCAUCAGGAUCCCGGAAAUUGGCCUCAAUGGAAGAAGAACGCCCAGAUUCUUAUGGUUGCGUUCCAUUCAUGUGUGUCAACCUUCAUGGCGGCGGGAAUCAUUCCAGCCUACGACCUCUUUGCAGAGGAAUAUGGGGUCACGGUGCCCGAUGCAAGCUACCUCACUUCUUUCCAAAUUCUCCUCCUAGGCCUUUCGCCCCUUCUUUGGAACCCGGUAACUGCUGUCUAUGGCCGCUACCAUAUCAGCAUGUUCUCGGUUCUAGGUAGCAUGGUGUGUAAUAUUGGCGGCGCUAGAUGCACUACAUAUGGUGCUCAAAUGGCCACUCGGGUUUUGACCGCGUUCUUGAUUUCACCCCCUAUCGGAAACGGUAGUGGUGUCGUCACUGAUCUAUGUGAACCUGAGAAACGCGCUCAGAAGCUGGGAUGGUGGACUUUGAUGACUACGAUUGGUACACCAUUGGGUCCUUUCCUUAUGGGAUUCGUGACCAAGCAUCUUGGAAUUCAAUGGAUCUUUUGGGUUUUCGCUAUCAUCAACUUCUGCCAGUUCCUUUUAUAUAUCGCCAUUGGUGAUGAAACAAUCUAUAAUCCUAAGAAUGAGCGCAAACAGUCUGGGUUUUUUGGGAAGCUUAUCCCCCGCAAGAUAACUUCGCACUCAUUGAGCCCACGAGACUUUGUGGCACCAUUCUCCCUGGCAAUGACCCCACGUGUCUUGAUUGCGGCAUGCGCUCAUGCAAUCGCAUUUUGCUAUGGAAAUAUUGCCAUGAUCGUGGAGAUGCCUAUUGCAUUCGGGCAGAAAUUUCAUUUCGAUGCCCAGCAAAUCGGCCUGCAGUUCAUCGCAAUUAUUAUUGGGUGUGUUCUUGGCGAACAAGUUAGUGGCCCGAUGUGUGAUUGGUUUUUGAAGCGUGUUCGUCAAUCCCGAGGCUACUCAUGCCCAGCCGAUCGCCUUUGGCUGUCUUACAUCGCUUUUAGCACCAUAUUCGCAGGCUUGUUGGUCUGGGGAUUCCAACUGCAGCAUGCUACGACAUGGAAUGUAACGCCCUGUGUUGGUGCGGCCAUUGCUAGCUUUGGCAACCAAAUGCAGACCACAAUUUUGACAACCUUUGCCGUGGAAAGCAAAAAGGAGCGUUCCGCUGAAGUUGGUGUGUUUGUCAACGUUUGCCGACAGAUUUAUGGUUUUAUUGGACCGUUCUAUCUUCCACACAUGUUUACAGCGUUAGGAUUUGGUGGUGCUUCUGGUGUCAUGGUGGCCAUUGUUGGUGGAUGUGCGAUGGUUCCGAUCAUCGCUGUUCAAUUCGUGGCCACUAAAUCUGCAAAGCACUAG